AAAAGGCGGAGCCAACUAACUCUUGAGCAGACACUCCCAGCCUAAACUCAGCUCUCUCUCUCUGCACUGUUCCUUAGGAGUGAGCACAGCCCCUUCCCAGUCCCGGGAGGCCGCCGCGUCAAUCGCGCGGAUCAAGCCCUUCCCCGGCCCCACAGGCCGGCUCUGGACCUGAGACCCGGGCAGCCUCCGGGAAGGAGAGGCGGCGCUCCUAUCGCCCCGUCCAAGAUCUCACCACAUCUCUUCUCCUCCUAUCUCCAAGGACCAUGACCUUGGGGAUCUUCAGAAGGGGCCUUUUGAUGUUGUUCGUGGCCCUGGGCCUAACCAGGGGAGAUUUGGCGAAGCCCUCCAAGCUGGUGAACUGUACUUGUGAGAGCCCACACUGCAAGGGGCCAACCUGCCAGGGGGCAUGGUGCACAGUGGUGCUGUUUCGAGAGCAGGGCAGGCACCCCCAGGUCCAUCGGGGCUGCGGGAGCCUGAACCAGGAGGUCUGCUUGGGACGUCCCACAGAGUUUGUGAACCAUCACUGUUGCUAUAAGUCCUUCUGCAACCACAACGUGUCCCUGAUGCUGGAGGCCACCCAAACUCCUUCGGAGGAGCCAGAAAUAGAUGCCCAUCUGCCUCUGAUCCUGGGUCCUGUGCUGGCCUUGCUGGUCCUGGUGGCCCUGGGUGCUCUGGGCCUGUGGCGUGUCCGGCGAAGGCAGGAGAAGCAGAGGGGUCUGCACAGUGACCUGGGCGACUCCAGUCUCAUCCUGAAGGCAUCUGAACAGGGAGACAGCAUGUUGGGGGACUUCCUGGACAGCGACUGUACCACGGGCAGUGGCUCCGGGCUCCCCUUCUUGGUGCAGAGGACAGUAGCACGGCAGGUUGCGCUGGUGGAGUGUGUGGGAAAGGGACGAUAUGGCGAGGUGUGGCGCGGUUCGUGGCAUGGCGAGAGUGUGGCAGUCAAGAUUUUCUCCUCACGAGAUGAGCAGUCCUGGUUCCGGGAAACGGAGAUCUACAAUACAGUUCUGCUUAGACACGACAACAUCCUCGGCUUCAUCGCCUCUGACAUGACCUCGCGGAACUCGAGCACGCAGCUGUGGCUCAUCACCCACUACCACGAACACGGCUCCCUCUAUGACUUUCUGCAGAGGCAUACACUGGAGCCCCAGUUGGCCCUGAGGCUAGCUGUGUCCGCGGCCUGUGGCCUGGCGCAUCUGCAUGUGGAGAUCUUUGGCACUCAAGGCAAACCAGCCAUCGCCCAUCGUGACCUCAAGAGUCGCAAUGUGCUGGUCAAGAGCAACUUGCAGUGUUGCAUUGCAGACCUGGGACUGGCUGUGAUGCACUCGCAAAGCAGCGACUAUCUGGACAUCGGCAACAACCCUCGAGUGGGUACCAAGAGAUACAUGGCACCCGAGGUGCUGGAUGAGCAGAUCCGCACUGACUGCUUUGAGUCGUACAAGUGGACAGAUGUCUGGGCCUUCGGCCUAGUGCUAUGGGAGAUCGCCCGGCGGACCAUCAUCAAUGGCAUUGUGGAGGAUUACAGGCCACCCUUCUAUGACAUGGUACCCAAUGACCCCAGUUUUGAGGACAUGAAAAAGGUGGUGUGUGUUGACCAGCAGACCCCCACCAUCCCUAGCCGGCUGGCUGCAGAUCCGGUCCUCUCCGGGCUGGCCCAGAUGAUGCGAGAGUGCUGGUACCCCAACCCCUCCGCUCGCCUCACCGCACUGCGUAUAAAGAAGACAUUACAGAAGCUCAGCCACAAUCCAGAGAAGCCCAAAGUGAUUCACUAGCCUAGGGUCACCGGACUUUCUCUGCCUAAAGUAUGUGCCAGGGCAGAAGAUGUAGCCUUGUCUGGGUAGAGGUAGUGGAGAGUGUGCACGCUGCCCGCUGCCCGGUGUGUGCCUGCUCAGCUUGGCCCCUGGCCCAUCCAGCCAAAAAUACAGCUGGGCUGUAAUUUGAUCUGCCUCCGUCUGGCCUGCUCAAAGUGGCCGGCUCUCUGACGCCUGGCUGGAUUCCCUGUCCCCAAGGCCAGCAGGGUACACCCCCUACCACUCCCAGGGCAGGGUGGCCAUGCCAGGGAAUCCCGGCCCAGAUCCUUCCCCUACCCUUGGUCAACCUUACUGCUCUGUCAGAGCUGCCAGGAUGGCACAGGGCCCUGUUCAGCUUCAGAAGACAUUCCACCUGCUGGGGCCCAGCCAGAGAGAUGCUCAGCAGCCUCAUGUCUCUCUGUGGGUGUUUACUGCUUCCAUGACGCCUUUCAGUUGUCCUGACUAGACCCUCCUGGCUAGUGAAUGCUAGUCUCUUGGGAGAGGCGGUACCUGACCCUUCCACCCUCUGUCCCCUUACCGUCUCAGCUGACGCAUUAGGGCAUCAAAACCCAAGGGUCCUCUGAGGAGAAGAUCAAGCAUGAUGGAAGCGGCCCACCCAGUGUUGCUCCGCUCAAGAGGAGAGGAUCUCACCAGCUUACGAUCUUAGGUUUUGUCAUGAUGUCCUUUGAGGUGCCUCAGACCCUGAUUUUCUUUGAAGCUCAGGCUGUGUGACGGUUGAGUCUUGUCUAUUAUACCCUGUCCCCUAUCACUUGAGUCAAGCUGGGGUUUGUAAAUAACCGUCAGGAUCCAGGAUGGCCUAAAGUGGCCCCUGGGCUAGCCUCCAGGCCCCAGCUCCUGCUGUUAGCUAUGCUAGCAGCCACCCUAGGACCCAGGUAGCACAGGAACUUCUGACUCCCUCUGUGGCUUGGCCUUCUGCCCAGGGCUCAGGGGUGGCUUCCUUUGGGGUCUCCAAGACUGAAAGAAAUUUGGCCCCUGUCAAGAAGCCUCCAGCAACCAGGGUUCUGCUCCCUCCUGGCUGUGCCUCUCUGGCCAAAGCUCACACUGUGAGCCAGGUCCCAGAAAGUAUGCCUUGGGAGAACCUGGCCUAGAAAAAAACACUGAAAGUCUGGCAUUUAGAAAUGUGAAGGGUACACCCAUGUACCGAAUAAGUGGAACUGAAGCCUGGGUUGAUGGACUAAAGAGAAGCGGACUGUAGGCAUGGCUUGAGGAGGGCUUAGGCAAGAGACAAGAUCAGCUUCCAUCUUGGGAAGAUCUGGCCUAGAAACUAUUUGCCAUCGAAGGGAGAAAUGGCGACAACUCCUCCCACUCCACACACACACCGACCCCUUGAGUUCCUCCGAUGUGACCUCCCAGCUCUCCAGCACUGUUCUCUCUCUGAAAACUGUCUGUCAGCAGUGUGCAAGGACCAAGGAGAACCAGGAAGUGAAACGAGACGAAAACAGAAAGUAGAUUGGCCUUUCCCGAACCAGUGGGGCAAAGUCUGAAGGUUCUCCUGUCACUGGAGCCAGGGAAUCGCUUCUUGCCUGAAGGAUUUUAUUUCUACUGAACUUGGGAACAAAUUCAUCCUCAGACUCCACAGCCAGAAACAGAAGACAGUAGCUCCGCCAAGGCCAGGAAAUCCUAAGGGGAAGAGGGUUGAACAACUAGAGAGACAUGACAAGGGGAGUGGCCCUCUAGAGAUAACUGUCUCCAAAUGCUUCCGAGUGCAGGUGUGCAAGUGGAGUCACACAGUUUAUGGGAGCACUUGGCCCGUGACAGGCACGUAGUAGGUCCUCAAUAAACCGUGUUUGACCCCUGA